CAAUCUAUGGUUAAACGGCUGAAUUGACGUUUCUACAAGACAAUUCAAUUUACGACUUGAGAAUUUUGCUCAAGUGACAUUUAAAUAAAUAAUUUUUCUUUUCGAUUACUUGAAGUCGGGAAUUUAUAAGUACGACCAUGAAUCGACUAUUUGGGCGUGCUAAACCCAAAGAACCGGGUCCAAGUAUCACUGACUGUAUAGCUGGGGUUGAUGGUAGAGCCGAUUCGGCCGAGAAAAAAGUUGCGCGAUUAGAUGCAGAGCUCAAAAAGUAUAAAGACCAAAUGGUCAAAAUGCGGGACGGACCUGCCAAAAAUGCUGUCAAAGCCAAAGCCAUGCGAGUUCUCAAGCAGCGUAAAAUGUAUGAGGCGCAAAUUGAUAAUUUGAGACAACAAGCAUUCAACAUGGAACAAGCUAAUUACGCUACUCAAACGCUAAAAGAUACUCAUGCAACUGUUGCCGCUAUGAAGGAAGGUGUGAAACAAAUGCAGAAAGAAUUUAAAAACAUAAACAUCGACCACAUAGAGGAUAUGCAAGAUGAUCUUGCCGAUAUGUUGGAACAAGCGGACGAAGUUCAAGAGGCGAUGGGUCGAAGUUACGGAAUGCCUGAAAUCGAUGACGACGAACUCGCAGCCGAGUUGGACGCUCUUGGUGAUGAUCUUGCUCUGGAUACCGAUACAUCGUAUUUGGACGAUGCGAUAAAAGCUCCUAGUGCUCCUGACAGAGAGCCUGGCGCGAGUUCAAUCAGGAACAAGGAUGGAGUAUUGGUGGAUGAAUUUGGGUUGCCCCAGAUAUCAGCUAGCUAAGUUACACCAGUUGACAAAGAAUUCAUUACGAAAAAGAAACAAAAAAAGAAGAAAAAAACGAGCGGAUUCCUGCAAGCUUGUCCAAAGACACUUUACUCUUUGACCAUCAGAGUUGCAAUGCUUAAUUUCGAGCACAUUAGUAAUCCUGAAAAAGAGGCAGGGACAAAUAAUUGAUUUCUAAUGGAUGUUUCCACUCGUGCCGCUUUUAACUUGCGCAAACUGAAAACAAAAAGAAAUUAUAAUGCUUGAACACAAUUUCAACUUUAUCUGAAUAUAAUAUUAUAUAAAAUAUAAUAUAUCUUUAUGUAUAUGUACAAUUUUUAUUACGAUAGCUUUAUGUUAUGUGAGUAGAAUACAAAAAUUAAUAAAGUCAGUGAUCAAAUGA